AUGCCUCCGAAAUCGGCAAAGCGUGGGUCCGUGUCAAGCGCCUCAAAGAGGGGUGGCAGAGGGGGCAGGGGAAUCUCCAAGGUUGUGCAGAGCCAGCAGCAGCAUGAUGCUGCGGAAGAGGUACUGAAGGUAGAGGAAAAACAACCCAUUGUUGUUGCUGAGGAGGAACAACCCAAGGCGAUGGAAGAAGAGCACCCUGUGGUUGAAGAGAAACAGCUUGUGGUUGAAGAGAAAGAAUCUGUUGUGGUGGUUGAGGAUAAGGCUAUUGAUAUGAACCAGAUGGCUCCGGAGGCUGUGGAAGAAGCGUCCCAUCUUGCUAAUGGGUUGACCGCUGUGAAAAACAAUGAAGAGGAGGUUAAGGAAUCGAUUGAUGAAUAUGAGAAAGAUGAACGCUUAGAUUUGGAGGAUAAUGAUCCUGAGUAUGAAGCUGAGGAGUAUGGUGCAGUUGAUUAUGAUGAGAAAGAAAUUGAACAAGAUGAGGGUCAUGAGGUGGGCAAUGAAGUAGAGGAAGAAGAGGCUGAGGAUAAUUUAGGUGAAGAAGAGGGUGAUACAGGUGAGGAAGAGGUUGAAGAUGUUCAUGACGAACUUGAGGGUGAGGAGGAGCAUGAGCAUACUGGUGAGGAGCAUGAGCACCCUGACUUUGCUGACGUGGAUGAAGAGGAACAUCGAGAAGUUGUGAAGGAAAGGCGGAAGCGGAAAGAGUUUGAAGUUUUUGUUGGUGGCUUGGACAAGGAUGCUACUGAGAGCGAUCUGAGGAAGGUUUUUGGUGAAGUUGGGGUUGUUACAGAGGUCAGGUUGAUGAUGAAUCCUCAAACUAAAAAGAACAAGGGAUUUGCAUUCUUGCGUUUUGAAACUGUGGAACAAGCUAAACGAGCUGUAGCAGAGCUCAGAAAUCCUGUGAUUAAUGGCAAACAAUGUGGUGUUACUCCUAGUCAGGACAGUGAUACACUCUAUUUGGGGAAUAUAUGCAAGACAUGGACAAAGGAAGCUUUAAAAGAGAAGCUGAAACAUUAUGGAGUUACAAAUGUUGAGGAUUUGACCUUAGUAGAAGAUACUAAUGAUGAAGGAAAGAACCGUGGGUUUGCAUUUUUAGAAUUUUCCUCUCGUGCUGAUGCUAUGGAUGCCUUUAAGCGACUGCAGAAGAGGGAUGUUGUGUUUGGAGUUGAUAAGCCUGCAAAAGUUUCUUUUGCAGAUUCUUUUAUUGACCCGGGUGAUGAAAUUAUGGCACAGGUUAAAACUGUGUUUAUUGAUGCAUUGCCUCCUUCAUGGGAUGAAGAUUAUGUCCGAGAUCUUCUCAAGAAAUAUGGAGAGAUUGAAAAGGUUGAGCUUGCCAGAAACAUGCCAGCUGCUCGUAGGAAGGAUUAUGGGUUUGUUACAUUUGGCACACAUGAUGCUGCGGUAAAAUGUGCUGAUAGUAUUACUGGCACAGAGUUGGGUGAAGGAGACAAGAAGGCAAAAGUUAGAGCCAGGUUGUCAAGACCACUCCAGAGAGGUCGUGGAAAACACAUUAGUCGUGGUGACUAUCGUUCUGGUCGAGGAUCUGGAAUGAUGACGAGGCCUUCAUGGAGCCGACCUGCUCCUCGUACUUUUACUCGUGGUGCAAGAGGAGUUGGAAGUCGUGCUCCACCUGCUAGACCAGUUAGUGUGAGGGAUAGACGCCCUAUCAUGUCCAUACCUGCAAGAAGUAGGCCAAUACCUCCUCCAUCUAGAUCUUAUGAUAGGAGACCAGUUGCACCUGCAUAUCCAAAAAGUAGCAUGAAGAGAGAUUAUAGUCGGCGAGAGGAUAUACCACCUCCAAGAAGUAGAGUUCCUGUAGAUUAUGGCUCAAGGGUGGCUUCUGAAAGAAGACCAUCUUACAGGGAUUAUCCUGCCCGUGGUCCUGGUCCUGGCUACUCUGAGCUCCCUAGAAGCACAUCUCGGGCUGCACCUAGGAGGGGCUAUGUGGAUGAUGGAUAUAGCCAAAGAUUUGAGAGGCCUCCACCUCCACCUCCUCCCCAUCUAAGCUACCGUGAAGGACGUCCCCGAGAUUAUGAUACUCUGUCCGGCUCAAAACGUUCUUAUGCUGCUAUAGAUGAUGUUCCUCCUCGGUAUGCUGAUACUGGUGCUCGCCAAUCAAGAGCACGAUUGGACUAUGACUAUGGUGGUAGUGCUUCACAGUAUGGAGAUGCUUAUGGUGAUAGACUUGGAAGAUCCAGUAUGGGAUAUGGUGGUAGCAGCAGAAGCUCUAUGUCUAGUCAAGAUUCACAUGGGAUGUAUAGCAGUCGACAGGGCAUGAGUUAUGGAGGUUCUUUUACUGGUGGAGAUGUUGGUGGCUUGUACUCAUCAAGUUAUGGCAGUGAUUACAUUUCCCGUGGAAGUGAUGUUGGUGGCAGCUCAUAUUCAUCAGUGUAUUCGAGCAGGGGCGUGGGUGGUGGUAGCAGUUAUAUGGGUGGUGGUGGAUCGGGAUCUUAUUAUUGAGCAUCUCUAUUUUUUUCCCAAGGGCUGGUGAAGGUUGCACGCUGUGGUUACUAGUGAAUUUAUCUAUGACCAGAUCUGAUAUAAUAAAGUGGCUGCUGUAGGAUGACCGUUGAAGCUUAUGCGCAUUGUGAUGCCUACAAAUUUGGAGACAAAGGAACAUUGCUAUUUAUAGCCUUUUUUUGGAAUUUAUCGCAAAAUCUAGCUCUUGUCAAUCCAAGCUUCUUGGGUCUUCUCUGGAUGGAUGUAUUAUCAGUAAUUGAAUUUGUGCUGUAUGGACUCAAGUUAAUUAGAGAUGGAAAAAGUAUUGAGCAGUGAUGUGUAAUUAAACCCUGAUUUAUGAAAUCAUACUUGGAUGGAUACUAUGAAAGAUUUACCCACAGCUCCAUCUCCCUUUUCAUUUGGACUUGAGACCAGGAUAGAGAUUCUACUUGUUAGAUUAAGGCUUCAUGGAUUUUUACCUGCUGAAUUUAUCAAUAAGUUGGUUCUUUAUUUUGAAUCUCUAAAGAGAUGUUUAGUUACUUUGGAUGGGUUACUUGUUUUUGCCGUGAUUUGAUCAGAACAGAAGUGAUGAACUAAUUAGUACUUUGUUGAGCUAGUAGUAAUAAGAGCGCUACUUCAGCAAUUAAUGAAGUCAAAUAAUUAGUUUAUUGGAUUUUAUUUGACUUGGUGUCAUCCUAAGAUAGUAAAAGCAUAUUGCACUGGUAAUAUUUAUUGCUGCUAUGAUUUGAUACUUUUGAGGUUUUUGUGCUGAGGGGGACUUCGGGACAAUGCUAAAGAUGCAUUGAUAUCUUUCCUUAGUUAACUUCAAUUGAUUUCCAUAAAUCAUUUGUACACUGACAUGGACCUCAGAAGAUCAAUUGCCUUUGCAAUAUCUUGGGGAAAUGCUACAUUCAAGAGAUUAAUAGAGAGUAGCAGAAGAGGGUUGAGAAUCACCUGUUACUGAGUUUCUGAAAUGGAAUUAAUUAUUAAGGCUGGUUCUUUACGCAGCUCUGGUUGUUCCAUCCUUCCUGCUUAAUUGUAGCUAAACCCUAUCCCAAAGGCAAAAGUUGGCAAAGUUUAUGAUUUGGUUUUGAUAUUGUUCAAUGCUUAAGACUUUAAGUGGGUGUUUCCAACUUUAUACCCUGUUAGUAUGGAGUUUCAAAAACUACUUUUGUUAAGUUCUGAAGGAACUGGAGCCAUUGCCUACGGAAUGGGGUAUUGCCUAAGUAUGUUUUCUGUGUGAGCUUGUUCGUUUUAGACUUCAAAGUUUGUUAGGAUUUGCGUUUUGGUAAUUUAGAUGAUUUUACGUAUAAUUUUGUUAGGAUUUGCCAAAUCAGAUGAUUUAUCAUGCAUAUAACAUGGAUUUCAGACUAUUAUCAUGUGAAUAUUCUGAAGUGUGUCAACUUCAGAAUCGUUAAGCUUUAGUUUGUCAUGUUAGGUGUCUUCAGUUUCCAUUGCUCUCACAUAGUGUCUUCUUAAAUUUAAUUAUUCUUCAAUUGGAUGAGUGAGGAUGGUUAUCUGCUAACCUAAGUUUUAGUUUCCAGUUUGUUCUCUUUCUCUCAGUGCAGGGUCUGAGAUCUCUUCAAGCCCGUUUGCUCACACUCUGCAUAUAUGGUACCCUUUUUGAUUUUUGAUUUGGUAAAUCUUCUUAUAUUUAGUUGGACGCUGUCACAGGUUUUUGUAUAUCAUCAGUGUUUUGUCGAUUGCUCAUGCAUUGUUUCAUUGUAAACUCUGGUUAAACUAACAAGCUAAGCAGAUUCCUGCUUA